CUGGCUGAUUCGCAAGCGGCUGGCCGGAGGCAAUCAAUAAACAACAAUAAAAACAAAAACAAAUACACGCUUCUUUUUAAAUUUCAAAAAAGGAAUUACAUUGAAGUGUGCACAAUGCCGGCGGAUUCUGAUCUUAUUCUUCCCGUCGAGGACAGAGUAGACGAGAGUCUGUUCAAAACGUUAUCGGAAAGAUCGAAACAUGAGGAUUUCAUGAGACGGGCGGUUGAUCUCCUCGUUGAACGAGUGGUAUUUGGAAGGUCUACCAGGAACGCGAAGGUGGUGGAGUGGACUACGCCUGAUGAUAUUAAGAAAGCAAUCGACCUGAAGCCAAGAGAUGGACCGGCGUCGCAUGACCAAUUGCUAGGCAUUAUGGCUGAUGUGGCGCGUUAUUCCGUUAAUACGGCUCAUCCAUACUUCGUCAACCAGCUGUUUUCUUCUGUUGACCCUUACGGUCUGAUUGGUCAAUGGCUGACAGAUGCCUUGAACCCUAGCGUUUACACCUUCGAAGUGGCCCCCGUCUUCACUUUAAUGGAGGAAGAGGUUCUUCGUGAAAUGAGGUCUAUAGUAGGCUGGCAUAACGGCGACGGAGAUGGAAUAUUUUGUCCAGGAGGUUCCAUCGCGAACGGCUAUGCUAUAAGCUGUGCCCGAUUCUUCUACUACCCAGAGAUCAAGACAAAAGGUGUCUACGCAGUCCCAAAACUAGUUUUAUUCACAUCAGAACUGGCACAUUAUUCUACACCAAAACUGGCCUCUUUCAUGGGUAUUGGAAGUGACAAUUGCAUUUUAGUAAAAGCUGACAAAUACGGUCGGAUGGAUCUAGCAGACCUAGAAACUAAGAUCAAUAAAGCUUUGGAUGAUGGAGCUACACCGUUUAUGGUGACUGCUACUGCUGGUACUACUGUUUUUGGAGCGUUUGACCCUCUGGUGCCACUAUCGGAUUUAUGCAAGAAAUACAAUCUAUGGCUUCACGUCGACGCUGCUUGGGGAGGUGGUGCAAUGAUGUCAAAGAAACACAGACAUCUCCUAAGCGGUAUUGAAAUGGCUGAUUCGGUGACGUGGAAUCCACACAAACUAUUAGCCGCACCGCAGCAAUGCUCCACGUUCCUCAUCAGGCACAAGAACAUCCUUAAGGAGGGUCAUUCCUCCAACGCAAAAUAUCUUUUCCAAAAAGACAAGUUUUACGAUUCCACGUACGAUACAGGUGAUAAACACAUUCAGUGUGGCCGACGCGCCGACGUACUGAAAUUCUGGUUCAUGUGGAAGGCAAAAGGUACCGAGGGUUUCGAGAAACACAUUGACGCACUCUUCGACAAUGCGAACUUUUUCUUAGAACACAUCCGUCAAAGGGACGGCUUCAAAUUAGUUUUGGACAAGCCCGAGUGCACCAAUGUUAUGUUCUGGUAUGAACCCACUUGUCUUCGUGGACUAGAGAACGAACCAGAUUUCAAAGAAAGGCUGCACAAGGUUGCGCCGAAAAUAAAAGAGCGCAUGAUAAAGGAAGGAAGCAUGAUGGUCACAUACCAACCUCAGGGUGACCUCGUGAACUUUUUCCGCAUCGUAUUCCAAAACUCAGCGUUAGAUCACAAGGAUAUGGUUUACUUUGCCAACGAAUUUGAAAGGCUCGGCAAAGAUUUAAUAGUCUAAAUAUAACUACUAUGGCAUUCGUCGUACAAAUUGCAUCAUAUAUACCCGUCGGCCUGUGAUUAUAUAAAAUAUGUUAAGUAUUAUGAUUAAUUAUUAAUUUAUGAUUUAAUUUUAAGUGCAGAGUAAACAUAUGUAUGUU